AUGGCAACAACGGAUCGUUUGGAGGAACUACUAUCCCGGUUUUGGUCCAUAGAGGAGGUUGAGUUGAUCAACAACUUUUCUCCAGAAGAAUCCCGCUGUGAAGCAAUGUUUGCGACCCACCAAUGCUCAUCCAAGGUUUUGCUGGCAACAGCGGCUGUCAUAGUUCAGGAUGAUGACGGCAAUCGGAUUCCAGCUCGAGCUCUUCUAGACUCUGGAUCGGAGAGCAAUUUUAUCUCAGAGCGUCUCAGCCAGCGUCUGAAGAUAACUCGCCGAAUAGUGGAUAUUUCGGUUCUUGGCAUUGGUCAGGCAGCUACCAAGGUCAAGCAACAAGUCUCAGCAAUGGUUCGAUCACGGCUAUCAGAGUAUUCACGCCAAAUGAACUUCCUAGUUCUGCCGAAGGUUACGGUGAACCUGCCGACUACCACCAUCAACACAUCCGGUUGGACACUUCCAGAAGGAAUCGAACUUGCUGACCCAUCGUUCUGUAUAUCCUCAGGGGUGGAUAUCGUCCUGGGGAUAGAAGCAUUCUUCGACUUUUUCGAAAUGGACUAUCCAAGGACGCUAACCUACGGGAACAGUACGUUUAUGGAGAAGAACGUGCAAUUAGGUCACAUGCGGAAGGUCGAAGGAGCACAAGGAUCCAUUAAACGCUGUUUUCUUCCACAUCAUCCGGUGGUGAAGGAGGCCAGCACCACCACCAAGGUCCGCGUGGUGUUCGACGCAUCUUGUAAAACGUCUACGGGAUUGUCGUUGAACGAUGCAUUGCUGGUAGGGCCAGUACUACAGCAAGAUCUUCGAUCCAUAAUCCUUCGUUGCUGCACGAAGCAAAUCAUAUUAGUCGCUGACGUGGAAAAAAUGUUCCGCCAGAUCUUCGUUAUUUCCAUAGAUCGACCACUCCAAUCCAUCUUCUGGCGUCCAUCACCAUCAGAGGAGGUAGGCAUUUAUGAGCUGAACACUGUCACUUACGGAACGAAACCAGCUCCGUUCCUAGCAACUCGCACACUCAACCAGUUGGUAAUGGACGAAGGCGAUCGAUAUCCACUGGCAGUUGCUGCGGUUACCGAAGAUACGUAUAUGGAUGACGUGAUCACGGGCUGCGAUACUCUGGAGGAGGCCAAAAAGCUGCAGAUUCAGCUAGACGGAAUGAUGAGCAGCGGUGGUUUUCAGCUCAGAAAAUGGGCAUCGAACUGUGCAGGAGUCUUGCACGGAGUUCCCGAAGAGAAUCUUGCGAUCCGUGCAUCCGAAGGAAUCAAUCUCGAUCCAGACCCUUCCGUCAAGGCGUUAGGACUAACCUGGCUCCCUAAUUCCGAUGUUUUCCGGUUUCAGUUUGAUAUUCCGCCUAUCAAUCCUGACGAAGUACUCACAAAACGUCGGGUUCUCUCGAUCAUCGCCACGUUGUUUGAUCCAUUGGGAUUCAUCGGUGCCACUAUUACAGCUGCUAAGGUCUUCAUGCAGAUUUUGUGGACUUUGGAGGAUGAAGACGGCAAGAGGUUACAUUGGGAUAAGCCGAUACCUUCGACGGUGGGUGAGUCUUGGAGAAAAUUUCACAUCCAACUACCGAUCCUCAACGAUAUCCGCAUAGAUCGUUGUGUGAUCAUUCCUCAAGCCAUGCAGAUCGAGAUUCACUGCUUCUCGGAUGCGUCGAUGAAGGCAUACGGUGGAUGCCUCUAUAUACGAAGCCAGGAUCAGGAUGGAAAUGUCAAGGUUCAACUUCUCACUUCCAAAUCCAAAGUAGCUCCUCUGAAAUCUCAAUCCAUUCCACGAUUGGAGCUUUGUGGUGCACUGUUAGCUGCACAAGUUCUCGAGAAGGUUCUACAGGCUACCAAACUUACUGUCCGCACGACGUUUUGGGUAGAUUCAACGUGUGCUCUUCGCUGGAUACAGGCUUCUCCGUCUAAUUGGUCUGUAUUCGUCGCAAACAGAGUAGCGAAAAUCCAGGCGAUUACGGAAGGUUGCGAAUGGAGGCACAUUGCGGGUGCUGACAAUCCGGCAGAUUUGGUUUCGAGGGGAAUCGGACCGAAAGAUAUACUCAACAACAACUUUUGGUGGCAUGGACCAAGCUGGCUAGCUCAGGAUCGAAACACUUGGCCAAUCUCAGUGGACACUCUGCCUGAGGAGGAAUACGAAGACGAAAAAAGACGAACGGCAGUUGUCAGCUUCAGCGGUUGA